AUGUCCAGAGUGGAGUCAGAACCGUGCAGCGAAGUGAACGGCUACUCUGGCCUGGAAGCUUGUACUACUACUGUUGCUGCUGCUGUCGGAGUGAACUUUCGCCCUCUUGCCGUCCUUCAUUCACAUCCGAGACCUAUUGAAAUGCUCUGUUCCCACGCUUUACUCAUCUCACUUUUUGCUGUACUCACAUUAUUGGAGGCACGAAUCCUCGAGAAGGAGUCGUUAGCCGAUAACGAAUGUUCCCCACAAAUGAACAUGCCGUUGAAAGAGGUCGCCGAGAAGAUCUGUGAACUCUGCCAUGAAUUCCACAAUCAUGAAGUUCCAAACAUGCGAGCCGAAUGCCGGUCAGAAUGUUUUUCAACGGACAAAUUUCGAACGUGUAUGCGUAUGUUCACGAGUGCACCAAAACGUCACAAUCGACACAGUCGACGAAAUGUCUGGAAAUUCUAA